AGGUCACUCCAGGCCCUGUCCAGGCUGGCUGUGAACACUUCCAGGAAUGGGCAGCCACAGCUGAUCUGAGCAGCCUGUGCCAGGGCCUCACCAGCCUCACAGCCAAGAAUUUCUUUCCCAUAUCCCAUCUAACCCUGGCCUCUGUCACUAUUAAGCCAUUGCUCCUUGUCACUUCAGGCCCAUGUAAAUAAUCUCUAUCUUUCUUGUCAGCUCCCUUCAGGUACUGGAAGGCUGCAAUCAGAUGACCCCAAAGCUGCCUUUUCUGCAGGCUGAGCAGUCCCAAUUCUGUCAGCAGAGCUGCUCCAUUCCUCUGAUCACCUUGAUGUCGCCUCUGGAUUCACUCCAGCAGCUCCACGUCCUUUUGCUGUUGGAGCAGGGCUGGGGCAGCUCUGCAGGUGGGCUCUCACCUGAGCCCAGGGCCAGAGGGGCACAAUCCCCCCUGCCCUGCUGCCCACGCUGGGGGCUCAGCCCAGGACAGGGGGUUCAGGCUGGGGCAGGGCUGCUCUUGAUGAGUGCGCUGUCCCCAGUUAACUUCCUGCACGGGAGUGUCCUGCUUCCCAGUCCAGCUGUGGAGUGACCGGCAGCUGGAAUCAUUCUCAUGCGGUUCAGGCUAACAAGCUUCUCUUGUUAAUGGCCUGAGUGCUUUGAGAGACUGGCCUCUGCAGUACUGGGCAAAAAUAAACACACUUGAAAUCCAGAGAUGGCAGCUAACUUUUUGGGAACAGUUAGUGUGCUGUGCUCCAGGAACAGGAUCCUGUAGUCCUGUGGUCUUUCACCAUCUUGUUUCUUUUACCCCACAGCCCCAGAAGAGGGGGCUGGGGAGCCUCACGGGUGUGAGGGAAUACUGCUGUGGAACAUUUCCACUCUGAUCUGCCCAACAUCAUGUACCUUCCAGGACAGCUUUUACAGCUUGUGACUCUCUUUCUGCCCAGUGACUAAACCCUGGUUACUACUUGAUGUUGCUGUGCCGUGUUUCACGUGCUGCUGUAGUUGGAAAGUCCUGAGCUCAAAAGUAUCUUAGUCCAAAGUGGAGAUGUAUUUUUUUCUAGUAAGAUAAGACAAAUGUUCCUGAGUGGUGCAAUGGGCUGCUCUGGCCAAGGGCUGGGGCUGGAAAGUUGGGAAAUGGCAAUUGGAUCACAGAAUCACAGUAGUUUGGUUUGAAAGGAACCUUAAAGAUCAUCUGUGUCCACCUGCUGCUGUGGGCAGGGCACUUCAUCCCAGGCUGCUCCAAGCCCCAUCCAGCCUGGCCUUGGGAUGCUGCCAGGGGUGGGGAGCCACAGCUGCUCUGGGAAACCUGUGCCCUGACCUCACCAUCCUCUCUGGAAAGAGUGUCUUCCCAACAUCCCACCUAUCCCUGCCCUCUCAGUGGGAAGACAAUUCUCCCUUGCUCUGUUACUCUGCCCAUGUCCAGAGUCCCUCUCCAGCUCUUGGAGUGCAUUUAGGUGCUUGGUGGUGUGGAUUCAUGCCGACAGUUUGUGCUCUCUUGUGCCAGGAGGUUAUACACAGGGUUAGUCUGCCUAGAUCAGCCUCAGGUUGCAAUUGAGCAGACUUGUUUCAGUAAGCUCAAAUUGCUUUUUUUUUUUUUUUUUUUUUACACUGCUGGAGUGUUUUAGUGUCCCAGUGUUCAAGCAAAAGCAGCAAUUGAGUGUGGUGGGUGUGAUUGAGGCAUUUCAGUACACAGUGUCCGAUCUUUGCUUUUGUAUUUUCCAAGCGUUGCUCAGAGGUCCCUCACAGGGUGCCUUGUGUCAGGCACUGGCCCCUAAUAAACCGUGUGUGGCUCGGGCUGUGUGAUGAAGGAGGGUUGUGUGUGUUCAGGAGCGGCUGGGAAGGGGCUGAGCCUGGAGCAAAGGAGGCUCAGGGGGGACCUUGUGGCUCUGCACAGCUCCUGCCAGGAGGGGACAGCCGGGGGGCCGGGCUCUGCUCCCAGGGAACAGGGACAGGACAGGCGACAGCCUGUAGCUGUGCCAGGAUAGGUUUAGAUAGGAUAUUAGGAAAGUUUCUUGACAUGAAGAAGUUUCCUGCCCUAACACAGGCUUCCCAGGACAGUGGUGAAGUCCUCAUCCUUGGAUUAGUAAAUCCUGUGGAUGGGGAUUUGUGGGACAUGGGUGGGCUUGGCAGUGCUGAGCAAAUGGUUGGACUCGAUGACCUUGGAGGGCUUUUGCAACCUAAGCGAUUCUAUGAUUCCACGAAACCUUCCCGAAGUAUUCCUGAAGCUCCGAGCCGGGCGGGCAGGGUCCUUGGGCGCGGCUGUGCAGCCUCUGGCCGAGCUGCUCCGGCGGCGCUCCCCGUGUCCUUGGGGACAUGGCCCCGCACGGCUGGCUUCGUCCCACGGCGCGCUGCUGCCCAGCCUCCCUUCCCCGCCGGUCCCACCCGCCUGCCGCAGCCCGUCCCGCUCCUCCACCCGCGGGCAUCCCGGGGCGGGAGCGCCCGUGCGUGGGAGGAGACUCGGCGGGGCGGGCCGGGCCGGGCAGGGAGCGGCGGAGCGCGGCGGCGGCGGCAGCAGGAUGCGGGAGGCGCGGUUCAGGGACAACUUCUGGAGCACGGAUCUGACCAGCACAGUUGGCUACGACAGCAUCAUUCAGCAUCUGAAUGAUGGCAGGAAGAACUGCAAAGAGUUUGAAGACUUCCUGAAGGAAAGAGCAAUUAUAGAAGAAAAAUAUGGCAAGGAGCUCAUUAACUUGUCGAAGAAGAAGCCCUGUGGGCAGACAGAGCUGAACACGCUGAAGAGAUCCCUUGAUGUUUUCAAGCAGCAGAUAGACAAUGUGGGACAAGGUCACAUCCAGCUGGCGCAAACCCUUCGGGAGGAAGCAAAGAAGAUGGAGGAUUUCAGGGAAAAGCAAAAGUUGCAUCGGAAAAAGAUAGAGCUGAUUAUGGAGGCCAUUCACAAAAACAGGAAUCUUCAGUACAAGAAGACCAUGGAGGCCAAGCGUCUGUACGAGCAGCGCUGCCGGGACAAGGACGAGGCGGAGCAGGCCGUGCACCGCAACGCCAACCUGGUCACACAGAAGCAGCAGGAGAAGCUGUUCCUGAAGCUGGCUCAGACAAAAUCAGCGCUGGAGGACACUGACAGGAGUUACCAGCAGAGUGUGACCACAAUGGAGAAGAUCCGGGAUGAGUGGCAGAAUGAGCACAUCAAAGCUUGUGAGUUCUUUGAGACUCAGGAGUGCGAGCGGAUCAACUAUUUCCGUAAUGCCCUCUGGCUCCACGUCAACCAGCUCUCCCUGGGCUGUGUCCAGAAUGAUGAGAAAUAUGAGGAAAUCCGCAAGAGUUUGGAAAUGUGCAGCAUUGAGAAGGAUGUUGAUUUUUUUGUAAAUUUACGCAAAACUGGAAGUUUGGCUCCAGCUCCUGUUGUUUAUGAAAACUACUAUAAUGCCCAGAGAAAUGUGACUCCUGCGAGAAGCCCAGCUCCUGUACCUAUAUCAAGGAGGGGACCUCUGCCCACCCCGACCAGUGCACCAGGGGAGCCUGAUUAUGCCACAGUUGAUGGCUACAGCUUGGUACAUUUCUAACAGUCACAGUUUUCCAGAAGGCAGAAGACACUGUUGGUCUGACCAGCGUGGCAGAGAUGGUGUUUUCAGUUAUUCCCAGACACGUAGAGCUGAAGUGCUUCUGCUUUUCAAGAGAAUAUUUGAGGACUCGAAUAAUUAUUUGAACAUUCAGAAAGCGCUUACUAAAAACCUAUGCUUUUGAUCAGCAAACUCCUUGGAUGGAUCUUCUCACUCAGAGGAGGAAAAGGACCAGACACAGGGGUGACCUGUGUCAGAAGAAGGUUUUGAUUUGAAGUUCUUCUAAAGUGUAGCCAUCGAGAAAGUCUGGGGCCUCCCACUCUCUGUAUAACUAGGUGGCUGUUUGUGCUGAGAGGGGUGCUGCACAGUGCUUUGGGCAUGCUGGCUUGUGUCCAGGGUAUGUGCAUCCCCCUUGGAUCUCAGGUUUUGCCUUUUCCUAAAGCCUCUUGCCUGUACCUAAAGUCUUUCAGUAGUGGGGAUUAAACUUGUCAUCUAUGUCAAAUUUUACUCAUAUCUCUCAGAAAUCUUACUUAGAGGGGCACCAGCAGUUGCACCAUGUAUCUGACUUGGCUGUAGCUGUGCUCCAGGAUUAAGAAGAAGCUGUUUUUUAUCUACCCAGGGAGGGGCUGUGUCACAUCCAGCCUGCUGGGAGGUCCCAGGAAGGAUCUGAAGGAAUUUAUUCAACUCUUCCAGCCACCUCUCUGAUGAGGGUCUUGUGGGCUUUUAGGUUUAUCAGGUUGCCCCUGGUGAGUUCUGGAGACCGGGCUGGUUGGGGCUUGGAGCCACCUGGUCUAGUGGAAGGUGUCCCUGCCCAUAGCAGGGAGUUGGAACUGAUGCCUUUUUGGGACUACCUAAAAACAGAGGCCAGACAAAAUUAAGGGAAUAAAAAGCAGAUAUAUUUAUUGAAGGGUGUUCAUUUCGGGCAGACAAAGCCCCUCUAGGGGCUGCACCCAAAAUAUGGACAAUGGGUCACAGGUUUUCAUAUUUUUGUAAGUUUGGUCUAUUUGCCUAUUGAGGAUUAAUCUUCCAAUUACAGCUUCAGGUAAUGAAAGCAUUUACCCCAUGUUUGCUGCCCCUCAACUCACUUUUGUUUAUGUUUCUCAAGGCCUGAGACAGUAAGGGGUCAUUGAUUCCCAGGCCUAGAGAGGAAUUGUUUUGUCUGACCAAAAUGGGAAAGCUGUAGCUAACGCUCCAUAUGGAGUUUAGGGUUAUACACUAAAUAAUUACAGGAUUACAAAUAUAUGAAAAAUAUAAAAGCUAAAAUCCUAAGGCAUCAGAACUAGGUGGUCUUUAAGGUCCCUCCCAACCCAAACCAUCCUCUGAUUCCAUGAUUUAAUUAACUUCUGUGAUUCUCCAAACUCUGGACUUGUUCUGACUAUGCACCACAGGAAACAAACUUACCUACUACUACUGGAGCCAUGAAACUUGUUUUCUGACCACUUCUCCUGAAAUUUCCUGCCCUUGUUGUUACCACAUAUGUAGAUAUGAUUAUGGCUUUGAUUCAGAAGCUUCCGUGCCUCGGGGCUUGGUCUCUCUGAUGUCCCUGUGUGCAGUGCUGCUUCACUGCUCCUCACUGCCUUAUUUCACUGGAUACAGGGACACAGGACAUGGGGAUAAACACACAGUUUACCUGUCUAAACCUGGUGCCAGGUCACUAGCCUGGAGCAAACAGGGUUUGCUGUUUUUAUGAUUUUUUUUUUCAAGUUGAAUCUGCAUGGCUUCAGCAUGUGCCUCAGCCCACCAGUCCUUGGGGUUUUUACUGGAUUUAUUUGUGUGGGGAAGAAGACAAUGAGCUCUAACAUCUGCCCUGCUGCCUCACUGUGAGCUCUGCAGAGUGCACAUGGCAAGGCAUCAGCUAUCUUAUUUAUUUCUGAAAGACCAAGGAUACAAAUACUCUUCUGAAGGAGCCUGCUGUAGUCUUAGUUCUAUAAAUAUAUAUAUUAAAAAAUAAGUUUUGA